AUGGUCCAAGCAACAGGUGAAGAACGCGCUGUCCAUCUUGCCCGAGAGGCUGUCGAACUCGUCGACGCGGGCCACCGAGAGGCUGCCUCCCGGAAUCUCCGAGAAGCCCUCUCGAUUGCCCCCGAAAAUCCGCAGGUCAAAGCUGCAUUGCUGAAAAUACAGCAAGAAGAUAAUGACGGUCACCAACUACUCGACCUCUGUCGACGAUACACCCAAAAUGAUGAAAAUGCAGGCAAAGAAGCCGCUGCGUAUCUUCGGACAGACGGUUUAAAGUCCCCGGAAAAUGUUGCUCUGGAAUCCCUGAAACUUUUGCUUGCACAGCGACCGCACUCCCUGUCCACGACGCAGGAUGAGAUCAUCUCCGGGCUGGUGCGCCAAAACGCCAGCGUGAGGCAAUACUUCUCCACACAGCUCCAGAAUUCAGUCACCGCAUUUUUCGACGAGAUCUAUGACCGUGGCGAUGGGGCAGCGGUGUGUCUUGACACCGUGGUCCUGGAUCCCACUGUGUGGACCUCGGAAGAGACGCGAUCCCACUGCGAGAGUGAACUUUUCCAAUUAUUCAUCGCCAAGCUUAUGGAAUCUGGCCAUGAUCUUGAUGGCCGUUCUUUGAAAGGAAUCACGAGACUGCUCGCCGUUCAUGCUGAUGAACUUCAACAUUUAAUUGACGAUGAAGGGUUUGAGGUUAUUCUCUCGUCUUUGGAUUAUCGCCUGCCGCUAGAGGUACGAAGCCAAGCAACUCUGGCCACUGCUAAAUAUCUUGAGGUAGCCAAGGAAGCGGGAGAGAAGAAGUUUCUGACCUUGGUCAUGUCUAUUCUCGGAAAAGGCCGCGUCGACGAUCUGAUCGUUGCUUUCUCUGCCCUGGCCGCUAUAUUCCCUGUGGCUCCUUCGGCGGCAGCAAACCUGUUCUUGUCCGACGAAUUCAUGGCAUUCCUUACUCCACUCGCAACCCGGGAGGCCAAGAGUAAGAAGAUUGACAUUCCCGUACUGGAGCUUCUAAAUGCAGCAUGCAUCAACCGCCCAUGUCGUGAAGUCGUCUCCAAGAAAUUUGGAGAAUGGCUGUCACACAACUUGACCAACGGUAGUGAUGCUGCCUCGGAACUAGCAGCGGUGGCUUUGGCGAAGAUCCGGGCGUCUGAGCCGGAUAAGCCCUCAACUGGUAACGGUAAGGUCUUGGUGGAUGACAGCGAGUCUGAGCUCGUUCACCGAUUCAUGGGACUGAUGUCUGAAAGCAAGAUUGAGAACAGCUCCCACGCAAUCGAAGGAUUAGCUUACACCUCAGUGAAGCCAGCCGUCAAAGAACAACUCGCCAAUGAUCCUACUUUCCUACGAAACCUGCUUGCGGUGGUGAAGCAAAACACCGCCGAUUCCUCGGUACUCUAUGGCGGUUUGAUGAUCUUUUUAAACAUCACCAAAUUCCUACCCAACCUCUCCGAAGAGCAGAAGAAGAUGUCCCAGCUGAAGGACUACGCCGACGCAGCAGCCGAAAAGGCCAAGAAGGCAGCAACCCCAGACAGCCGGGAUGAGGAAGAGGCUGUCUUAGCACGGUGCGCUGCUGUCAUCGAUGCAGGCAUCAUGAAUCUGCUGGUUGAGUGUGGCCGAGUUGCUCUACCCUCCACCAACGAACUCACAGCCAAGAUUUUACAAGCUCUGACAAGACCCCAAAAGUCCCGUGGUGCACUGGCUCAGCAAGGUGCAGUAAAGCUGUUGCUUGGGCUUGCAGCCCCGAAGCAAAGUAGCUCUGGCCCUGUCACGAACGAAACGACACGCAUCGCAUCCCAUGCGCUGGCCCGCAUUCUCAUUUCCGUUGAUCCCUCCCACGUCUUCCCAUCAUCUGGCUUCCCUCAGGUGACAUCCGCCGUCCGUCCCUUGCUUUCCCUUCUCUCCUCACCAGAUAGUGGGUCCCUGUCCUCCGACCAACCUCGCGACCUACUCCCCGUGUUCGAGAGUCUUCUCGCAUUGACGAACCUCGCCUCGUACCCGCAUGACGCUUCCGCCCCCGAACUCACAGUCCGCGAAGGCUGGUCGGCAGUGGAAGACCUACUUCUUUCUAGCAAUGCGCGCGUCCAACGCGCUGCCUGCGAACUGGUCUGUAAUCUGAUGACCUGCGACUCUGGCAUCAUCAAGUUCGCAGAUGGAUCCAAGCAAGCCGCACAGCGUCUCCACAUCCUCCUUGCUCUGACUGACGCCGACGAUUUUCCAACCCGCCGAGCUGCUGGAGGAGCCCUCGCCAUGCUGACGGAGUUCGAUGCCGCCAUCGCUGCUGUCCUGGAUCGACCCAGGGGCGUGGAAUUGCUUCUGGGGUUGUGUCAGGAGGAUGACGACGCUCUGGUUCACCGUGGAGUCGUCUGUGUGCGCAAUCUCACCUCCGUUGCGACAGGGGACAUUGGCACGCGAGCUCGAGCAGCCGUUCAAUCCGCCGCAGGGAUUGCGAUUCUCACCGCUUGCAUCAAGAAAUCGAAGUCUCAGCCGGUACUGGAAGCUGCGGUGGAAGCUUUGAAGCCCUUGGUUUCGUAG